AUGAUGGAGUUGAACUUCAAGUCUUUAGCCGAAGCUGAGGUCGAAGAAACCAUGCGCUUUGACAAGUCUCUUCAGGAGCUGAGGGAACUAAGGUCUCAACUACACAAAGCUGCAGAAUGUUGUGAAACAGCCUUCUCUAAAAGUGAAGAGAAGAAUGAUGUGCUGCACGACACAAAAGAGUACAUUUGCAGGACCAUGGUCACUGUUGUUGAUCACCUUGGAAACGUCUCUUCCAAUCUCGAUUCCCUCAUUUCUCAAACUAAUGCCUUUUCUGAAGCUCAGUUACGAAUCCAAUGCCUACAACAAAGACUUCUCUCGUGUGAACAAUAUGCUCGUAAAUUGGCCCUCUCAAAAAUGCAAUGGAAUGAGAAUUCGCAUAGAUUUCAUUCGCGUUAUUUAUCACCAUCUGCACCUCCCCUUGAGAGAUCAAGCAGUAAAAAAGUAACAAGAGAAUCCGAAAUUGAAGCUCCAAAGUUAGAAGAUAAACAUUUAGCAGAGAGAUACGAGGAUUUGCCACUCUUUAUGUACACCCAUAAGCCUCCAGUUCAGAAUUUGAAGCCAAGAACAGCCACACUUAACAGGCACAAUAAUUUGGCCAUGGUUGCACCAGUUAAGGACGGUUUGUCAUGCUUAUCAAAAGUUCCAAAUCCUAAAUUCCAUUUCCAAAGUACACAGAAGGUUGGACGCCACAGAAGAUCCUUGCAUGGUAGUGACAUCUUAUGGCUCUUAAGGCGUUCCAAACGAGUCCAGUGA